UUGACUAGAAAGUUGACGAGUGAAUUAGACCUCACAGCCGCCUUGACAAUUUGAAGUAAUAAUUCCUUCAACAACAUAAUAAACUUGUUUGUGAUGGAUCAUUGAGGCCAAAAUUGUGGAAAGUAAAAACAAGAAAAAAUGACAAGUUGCAAUCCUCCUCCUCUUCCUCAUCAUCAUCACUGGUGUUGUUGUGUUCUCUCACUGCUGCUGUCACUCCUCCUCCUUCACUUCCCUGUGCUUGAUGCUCAGACACCGAGACAAGUAAACAACACAGGCUUCAGCUGCAGCAAGAGCAGCAGCAACUACCCAUGUUCAGCCUAUGCUUUCUACCGUGCCAAUUCCCCCAACUUCCUCGACCUCGCCACCAUCGGCGACCUCUUCUCCGUCAGCCGCCUCAUGAUCGCUAAACCCAGCAACAUCUCCUCCCCUUCCUCAUCUUUACUCCCCGACCAACCCCUCUUUGUUCCAUUGUCCUGCUCCUGCAACUCCGUCAACACCACCUUCGGCUCCAUCUCCUACGCCAACAUCUCCUACACCAUCAAACCCAACGACACCUUCUUCAUCGUCUCCUCCACCCACUUUCAGAACCUCACCACCUACCCUUCUGUCGAGGUCGUCAACCCCACCCUCCUCCCUACCAACCUCCAAAUCGGUGACAACGUUGUCUUCCCUGUUUUCUGCAAGUGCCCCAACAAAACCAUAUCCAAUUACAUGAUCUCCUACGUUGUUCAACCCUCUGACAACAUCUCUUCCAUUGCUUCAAGAUUCGGAGCACGGGAACAGUCCAUAAUCGAUGCGAACGGUGGUGGUGAUGACGCUCUUCAUGUUUAUGACACCAUUUUUAUCCCGGUGACUCGGUUGCCCGUUCUGUCGCAGCCCACGGCGGUUGCUCCCUCUGCUCCUCCUCCUCCGCCUCCUCCUCGAACUGAUAGAUCAGGGACUGUUAGAGGGUUGGCGGUUGGGUUGGGAAUUACAGGGUUGUUGUUGAUUUUGGUGAGUGGGUUGUGGGUCUGCUUGUGGGUGGGGAGGAGAGAUGAGGGAAAACAGAAGAAGCAGGGGAAUUUGUAUUUGGGAGGAGGAGGAGGAAGAGGGAAAGAGAGUAUGGCGGAUGCCAAGUUGAUUGCUAGUGUGUCUGAUUGCUUGGACAAGUACAGGGUUUUUGGGAUUGAGGAGCUGAUGGAGGCCACUGGUGGGUUUAGUGAAAAUUGUUUGAUUCAGGGGUCUGUUUACAGAGGAUCCAUUGAUGGGGAGAUCUAUGCAAUCAAGAAGAUGAGGUGGAAUGCUUAUGAUGAGCUCAAGAUCUUGCAGAAGGUAAACCAUGGGAAUCUGGUGAAGCUGGAGGGAUUUUGCACAGACCCAGAAGAAUCAAAUUGCUUUCUAGUCUACGAAUACGUGGAGAAUGGAUCUCUCUACUCCUGGCUGCACCAGGACUGCAGGAAUGAAAAGCUGAGCUGGAAAACAAGGCUGCGAAUCGCCAUCGACAUUGCCAACGGCCUCCAAUACAUCCACGAGCACACGAGGCCUCGCGUGGUACACAAAGACAUAAAGAGCAGCAACAUUCUGUUGGACGCCAACAUGAGAGCCAAGAUUGCAAAUUUCGGGCUCGCGAAAUCAGGAAUGAAUGCAAUCACAAUGCACAUUGUGGGGACACAGGGCUACAUAGCCCCUGAGUAUCUCGCUGAUGGUGUGGUCUCGACGAAGAUGGACGUGUUCUCUUUCGGAGUCGUGUUGCUUGAACUGGUUUCUGGGAAGGAAGCCAUUGAUGAGGAGGGGAAUCUGCUGUGGGCAAGUGCAAUUAGAACGUUUGAAGUGGGUAAUGAGGUAGAGAAGGGUAGAAGAUUGAGGGAAUGGUUGGAUAAGGGUGUGUUAAGAGAGACAUGCUCAAUGGAAAGUUUGAUGGGGGUUGUUGCGGUUGCAAUUGCUUGUUUGCAUAGAGACCCAACAAAGAGGCCCAGCAUAGUGGAUAUUGUGUAUGCACUCAGUAAAAGUGAAGAUAUUGGCUUUGACGUCUCAGAUGAAGGUAUAGGUUCGCCACGGGUGAUGGCAAGGUGAACCAGGUUGUGAGAUUGACCCAUUAGUUAGCCUUUUUUUUCUUUCUUUCUUAAGACCCAUUAGGCAGUGUACAAUAUAAUCAAAAAGUGUUUCUUCGAACCUCACAAACACUUCCACUUAAUAGAGAAACAAAUAAAUGAGAGAUAUGAUAGUUGAUGUGA